CUUUGUGCUAUAUUAAUGCUAUUUUUGAAUUAAUUUGAAUUCCAUCAUUUUUGAAAAUUUGUAAAAAUGAGUUCCGACAAAAAUGAUGGAAAUGGACAGGGGGACAGAAGAGAAUCUUCCGAAGAAGAUCCACAACGGUCCAGACAUGCGCCUUAUGACAUCAGGCGAUUUUUGAGGAGGCGAACGGGCACAGGUGGUCGACCAAGACCAGCCCGGGGAGCACAAAGAGAGGCUCCACCAAUUGGAUUUGAGGAGCAGAGAAGAACCACACGUGAGGAGGUUCGAGCUGAGCCUCCCGUGUUGGGACAGCUAGGACCGUCCGCCAGCGCGGUCUUUCAGGGGCCCUGGGUAUCAGAUGCCCCAGCCACAGAGUCACCUCCUGUAGUGGGAGCCACAAGAACACUACAGGAGAUUCUGGACCAGCUGCCAGAUCCCAUUUCUGCUGUUCCAGAGCAACGGCCACCUCUGCGGGGUGACUCGGAUUUGUUGCAGGAUCAACCUUUUACCAUGAGAGAUGAUCAGUGAUAAGCAACCCGUCCAGUUCUCAAGACGCAGCAUUGUCUCUAAGGUGACAAUGUGCUUCUCCAAGGGGGGGCGUGUAAGACCCGCUCCUCCGCUCCCAACGACGAAGCUUGCAAAACCAGUCAGGAGGGGAAAGGUCACGUGGUAUCCGAGGGGGUGAAAACCAGGAGAGACGAACAGGAAGUGGACUAGACAAGAUAAGGACGAGGGACGACGAGCGAAGGUGGCGUGGUUCGCCAUGAACGAGAGGCUUGAUUCACUUUUAUGUUUUAUAUUUUAAACCAUUACUGUAAAUAUGUAAAUAAUAUAAUAAUCUAGAAUAUGAUGGGUUCCUGUAUUUAUUUCUAUUCAAUCAACAUGAUUGAACCGGGCGAUUAUUAAGAUUGAACUGGAUUUAAAAUAAUCACUCAGGCCUAGACGUUAAGUAGGCGCCAGCCGUUGUUGGAACAGCCACA